UUUCUUUGUUAUUGGAAGUUCUCGUAUCGAAAGUGAAAAUGCGUAGUGCGAUUUUGUUCGGCCUGAUUGUUUGUCUGGCUUUUAGCCUGGUUGUUUCCCUAGAGGAAACUGAAAACCAAUCCAACGAUCUGUCGUCUGUGGAAAAGGAUAUUGGCCAAGCCGUGGAGUCUGAAGUUCGAGCCAAGCGUCAAUUCCUCGGUGGCCCAAUUGGAUUUGGAGGACCUUUCGGUGGAUUUGGCGGACCAUUCGGAGGAGGUUUCGGUGGUCCCUUCGGAGGUUACGGUGGCUACGGCGGAGGAUUUGGCCGACCAUUCUAUGGAGGAUACGGAGGAUAUGGCCGUCGCUUCUACGGCGGAGGUCCCUUCUUUGGCUAAACAUAUUACUUAAUAUUUCCACAAAUAAACGAAGACUGAAGAUUUA